CACGUUUAGCAAUUCGUAACUUAUGAUGUCUGAUGCGAAAAAAAAGUCAUCAAAAAAAAACGAAAAACCAAAAACAAAAAUGAAGACACCGGAGAAAAUCCUUGCCAAACGGUUCGACCAAGGGGACCCUGAAGUUUUGGUGAAAUGGCAAGAAUUUUCGCUUGAAGAGUGCACGUGGGAACUAUUAAGGAACAUGGGUUUUUGUAUUGGUCUAGUCGCUGAUUUUGAAAUAGAAUGUUAUAGAAGAGAGCAAGAGCAGAGACUCUAUGCAUACUUGCUUCUUCAGUCAAAUGGAUAUGCGAAUCCAGAUAUAAAAUCAGAAUCAUCAUCCAGCGAUAGUAAAUCAAGCUCAUCUUCUAGUUCAUCCUCCAGUUCAUCUGGUAGCUCUUCGUCCAGUUCAUCUUCAAGUUCAUCUACCAAUCCACCAACACUGGCUAAUGAAACCGAGUUUAAACAAUUGCUAAAUACCACAUCAGUUCCCAAUACAAAUGACGUUAAUAUGGCUUUGCCCAGGAUUACACAGAUUCAGAAUCAUAGCAUUCAACCGACAGCCGGUUCGAAUGUUACAUUAAUGAAUCCGGAACAGCAGCAACUGGACAAGGUACAAGAGGCAGUGGCUGGGAAACCUUUGUUUCUUCCACAAGCACUAUUUCGUAGCCAAAGUGAUCAACCCAACUUCAAGUUAGGAUCCGAAUCCAAAUUGGUAAAGCAGACGCCAUGUCCUCAAUCUUUUUUACCAUCCAAUCCUAACAUAAAGCAGGCCAAGGAGAAUGGUUUGCAAACUAAUCAGAGGGACUGCAACCAGGACAUUGGGACCAGUGUAAGGCAAUGUGCGAUUGGGCUUGAUAAGAAGAAUAUGCAACCAAGAAAACCAAAUAUGGGUCUGGCCCUGAAAUAUAAGGAUAAGGAGCAACAGUUCACACAACCUUCGCUUAUUCCACCACAAACGAUGUUGUGUAGCCAAAGUGAUCAACCCAAAUUCAAGUUGGGAUCCGAAUCCAAAUUGGUAAAGCAGACGCCAUGUCCUCAAUCUUUUUUACCAUCCAAUCCUAACAUAAAGCAGGCCAAGGAGAAUGGUUUGCAAACUAAUCAGAGGGACUGCAACCAGGACAUUGGGACCGGUAUAAGCCAAUGUGCGAUUAAGCUUGAUAAGAAGAAUAUGCAACCAAGAAAACCAAAUAUGGGUCUGGCCCUGAAAUAUAAGGAUAAGGAGCAACAGUUCACACAACCUUCGCUUAUUCCACCACAAACGAUGUUGUGUAGCCAAAGUGAUCAACCCAAAUUCAAGUUGGGAUCCGAAUCCAAAUUGGUAAAGCAGACGCCAUGUCCUCAAUCUUUUUUACCAUCCAAUCCUAACAUAAAGCAGGCCAAGGAGAAUGGUUUGCAAACUAAUCAGAGGGACUGCAACCAGGACAUUGGGACCGGUAUAAGCCAAUGUGCGAUUAAGCUUGAUAAGAAGAAUAUGCAACCAAGAAAACCAAAUAUGGGUCUGGCCCUGAAAUAUAAGGAUAAGGAGCAACAGUUCACACAACCUUCGCUUAUUCCACCACAAACGAUGUUGUGUAGCCAAAGUGAUCAACCCAAAUUCAAGUUGGGAUCCGAAUCCAAAUUGGUAAAGCAGACGCCAUGUCCUCAAUCUUUUUUACCAUCCAAUCCUAACAUAAAGCAGGCCAAGGAGAAUGGUUUGCAAACUAAUCAGAGUGGCUGCAACCAGGACAUUGGGACCAGUAUAAGGCAUUGUACGAUUAAGCUUGGUAAGAUGAAUUUUCAACCAGGAGAACCAAAUAUGGGUCAGGCCAUGAAGCAAAAGGAGCAUCAGUUCACACAACCUAAACGAAUACCUAUUCGGCGCGGAACUAGCAUUUGCACAAAUGGUUCAGAGCAUCUGAUGACAAAAAAUGCUACAAAACAUCAACGAAGACACACUCAGCUUGAAACGACCGAUUGCUCAAUUCAAGCUGAAAAUGCAUCCCUGUGGUCUAAUUUGAGAUUCGUGACAAAAAGGACGACGGGUCCUUAUGGCUUACAGCGAGCACUACCUCUCGAAAAGGUUAUCAGUCAUUUUGAUUUUGGCAAAAAUCUGUUUGCAUUUGUUAAGUGGAGAGGCCUAGCAGCGACAGAAGCAGUGCGUCUUGAGGAUCUACGUGCACAGCACCCCUAUCCUGUCAUUGACUACAUGGAGAAGCUUAAAAUUUACUGCAACUUUUGAUUCGGCUCGAGUGAAAUUUUCACAUUAUGGAGCAAGCCAGGCUCUUAAAGAUCACUACACAUACAACUUAGUCGGUCUAUAAUAUCUGUAAGUCUUCUGAUAGAAAAAGUACAAGCCCUAAUGUUUUGAUUAGUACAAAUAAAAGACGUGAUCACUUGUAGCCGA